UUUUUUUUUUUUUUUACGUCCACACUGUGCUGUAAUAUCAAUUGAGAAAACAGUGGCUAAAUUUACCUGUGAAGCAUAAGUAAAAAUUAGAUUCAAGAAUAUUACGUAGGAUUUUUGGAUAAUUUAUAAUAUACAUGUAUUUCAAUAAAAAAAAAAAGGAAAAAAAAUCGGUACAAUGAGAUGAACUCGGCAGUCAAUUUUAAGAUUGUCAAUAGAUUUCUUGAACACAUGACUUAAUGUACAUGCAUGUGUCAGUCAUAAAAAUCAUAAUUAUCUUUUUAUGAACAACACAGGUUUUUUUUUUUAAUAGCAGAACAGUAAUUUGUAUAGCGCAGUAGGGACUCAUUGCUUCUCGUUACACGUUGAGAUCAUCACAGUCAAUUUAUCGCGCUGAACGCUACUGUCGUUAAAGUCUAGACUGCAGUAGAAAAAAAAAAUCACCAACUUACACAGCACAGAAAAUACUUAAAAAACUGAGUAUUAAUUUACGUAACGCUUAUGCGUCUGUAUCACAUGAUAGCUCGAUUUUAUUAAAAAAUUCCCGAUGACUAAUAGCCUUAUCAUAUCUACGCAUCAACACACAUAUACAUGUAUAUAAAUUAGCAAAUACGUGUGACUGCAAAAAUAGGUAUAUCUGAUCUUCUCCACAGUGGUUUGCUUGCGUGCAAAAAUUAGAUUGCCCACAUAUACGACGUCACAGCCCUACUCUCAUAUGUACAUAUAUACUCUUUGCGCUUAUACCUAGUAGAUCUUUCAGUUUCCUUUUCAGUCAUUCGUUCUCUGCUACUCCGAGCAGUCGAAUUCGCAAAAAAAUAAAAAAUAAAAAAAAUAAAAUAAAAAAAAUGUCAGAAGCCGCGGUAAAAGUGUUCCAGGUCGAGUUACGCGACCUUGAGUCGCUGUUGCGCAAGCGAUUAGACUUCGAUGGUUUGCUCGAAUGCAGCACGGAGUCGCUUCUACCGCCCGGAGAUAAUUAUGGGAGCACGAUACUCAAAGUUCGCGCAGUUAUCAAGAGAAAUAAACCAGAGAAAAACGAGGAGGAGAAGGAGGAGUUGAAUCUGGUUGCCAAAAUGAUGCCACCCACGGAUUUUCAGCGUUUGAUAUUUCAUAGUUCCUUUACUUUCAAGAAGGAGACGUUUUUUUACAAAAAACUGAUGCCCGCUUACCAGCAGUUGGAGCGCGAAUUCGGCGUGCCGGCUGACGAGGUGUUUGACAUACUUCCGGAGUUUUAUGGGGCGAGGUUCAACCUGAAAUCUGGUGGAGGCCACGGCGAUGGUGAUGAUGAUGAUGAGGAUGUGCUGGUCGACGACGAUGCUGUUAUUCUCAUGCAGAAUCUUAAAGUUCGAGGAUAUUACAUGACCGAUAGGCGCAAGGGUAUGGACCUCGAGCACGCGAGAGUCGCCCUAAAAGCCUUGGCUCGCUUCCACGGCCUCGGAAUAGCAAUGAAGCACCAAAAGCCGGAUUUCUUCGACACCAUGAAAAAACGGUCCAAGUGCCUGACAAUCGACGGCGUGGACUUCGAGGAGUCCAUGGCACCGGUCCUGCAACUCUUCCGCGAGGACCCCGCGAUGUCGACGCACCAACACCGACUCGAAGCCGCCAUGAGACAGAGUAGCGCGACCUCGUGGGCGGCAGUGCCCCCCGAGCCGUACUCUACCAUCAUCCAAGCCGACUUUUGGGGCAACAACAUCAUGUUUCUGAAGGACCCGGACACCGGCCGCGUCGCCGACGUCAAAUUCGUCGACUUCCAGAACUACCUGUUCAUGAGUCCCCUGCGCGAGCUCGUGUUCUUCCUCGCCACCGGCUUGGAGGCGCCGGUCAUGAACGACGCCGAGGCGUUCGACGGGCUCAUCGAUUUUUACCACGAGCACUUUGUAAAGACGCUCGCGCGGAUGAAGUGCGACCCGGGGCCGUUUUCGAGAGAGAGGUUCGACGCGCAGCUGAGGGUCGACGCGUUCGAGGAGUUCCCGCACUGUCCGUUUAUGCUGAAAAUCAUGACUAACGAGGUGGAGAGGGACGCCAAGAGCAGCGAUAUCAGGGAUCGGAUGAUGAACACGAGGGUCAACGAGCUGUGGCUCGAGAGGCUGCGCCGGUGCGUCGCCAAGUACGCGGAGAAGGGGUGGCUCGGCGAGUGACGCGGCGCUGUUUACCUUAUUGUCGAGGUGUAUUUUAAUACCUAUGUUUAAAUCUUUGGAACAUAAUUAUGAGGAAGUUGAAUUUUCUAACGACAUUUUUGCGAUAAAAGUCAUGCCUUGCGAUUGGUUUUUUUUUUUUUUUUUUUUUCUUACGCUCGUAAGAAUGGAAGCUCAAAACAUCUAACGUCACUAUCAAUGCACGUCGAUGUGCACAUUAUAUUAUAUGGAACGUGAGUAAAAAGAUAUAUUAAUCUCAAAAGGUUCGUGUCCAGUUGGAUUCACCGAGAUUUUUAAUUUUUUUUAAAAAAAGUAUUUAAAAAAAAACUAUGUUUUUUUCAUAAUCCCCUCAGCCGUUUUUUUACGUCGUAAUAGUAUUUUAAUAAUCAUAGUAAUAAAACUUUUCACUCAUCGGAUGAAUCGUCACCCCAAAUUUUUUAUAAUGUAUUUAAACAAUUUAAAAUUGUUGUUCAAGUCAUUAUUCUAAGCAAAAAAUAUUUAAUUAAAUUAAGUUUUUUUUGUUGAGAUUUUAUCGUAUAUUAUGCCUUACUGCAGUUAAUUAUGAGUAUUACUUGUUUUACGUCAUUACUGCAGUUAAUUCAAGUAAUUUUUUGCGCAAAAGAUAAUAAAAAGUAAAGUAUUAUGAAAUAAUUGGUUAAUGAUUGAAAAUUUUCCGAAACAUUAUUCUUAAAUUAAUUAUUCUGCGAGCACAAUACAAAGGGUUUGCACGUAACCAAUCUUGUGAUAAAAAUGACGUCAUUUGAACGAUGCGAAAAUGUUUCCCCAACGAUGCGAAUGAUACAUUCAUGUCACAGAUACGCGUAAGUAUUGGUGCAUCAUCAGUUACGCACAAAAAUUCCCAGCUGGGAGUACCCAAAAAUAAAAAAUUAAGCAUUGCUCGGAACAAAAUUUCCCUAUGCAUGGAGUAUGGAGAAACUCGCAAACUUGAAACAAAUGAGGAGGUACGAUCGCACGACAAAAUUUUUUUGUAGUACAUAUUUACCUACAUACAAUUUCUUUUUGAAUUUCAGAAUAAGUAGAGAGAAUUUUCUUGUUAUUUCUUAUAUUAUUAAUCUUGAUAAGUAUCUUUUCUAAAUAGAUUAAAUGUUUUAAAGAAAUUUCAUUUGGUGUUGAGGAACUCCUGACUGGAGAUUUUUUGCGGAAACGCUUAUGUACCAUUUACUUACCACAGGAAUGUUUGUUUUACGAAAUAAGAACGUAUCAAAAGUGUAUCUUGAUGUAGCAAACAUUACAUCUUGAUUAAAACAACGUGCAGCAUAUUUUUUCCACAUUAAAAAAAAAAAAAUUGAUUAUAUAUUGAUAAUUUUUAUUUUUAGGCAUUAUUUUUACAUUAUUAAUUUAUGUAUGCAGUUAAUUAUUAAGGACUUGAUAAUGUAUAUUUAUCUGAGUCGUGCUAUAUUAGAUGUUCCAUUGAUUUCACUGUUCGGCGUCUUUCAUAUUUUUCAUGUCUUAUCUGUCACUUUGUAUUAUUAAAGUUCCGAUCAUUGAAAGUAUAAUAAAAAAAAAAUCUUCAUCUUUGUGUA